GCGGGAUUUGGCAAUUUAGGACCUUUUGAAAGCCGGUACUGAAGCUCGGCGGUGUUGCGGGCGAAGUUUCAGGGGUAGAGGUGAGGGUUUGGGAAACUUUAAGGAAGUUAAUGUAGCUCUGCAUGGGCUGUUUUUUUCGACCCGAGUCUUCAGAUCCCGACACGUACUCCGUUCCCUGACGUGCUUUAAUAUUUCUUUCUCUCCUUAGGUAUGUGUUCACACCUCUCUUUCUGGAAAAGAAUUACAGGAAUCGUCAUCGCUGUUGCUGUGAUUUUACUCUUAGCAUGGAUUACCUUGAAUCCACCUAAAUUACCACAGUGGGAGCCAUGCCCUGAUGACUGGCUCUACUACAAGAAGAAGUGUUACUAUCACUCAGGAGUCAUGGCAGAUUGGAAUUCCAGUCAGGAGUCCUGCUCUGACUAUGGAGCUUCCCUUGCAGUGAUUGACAGCCCCCAAGAGCUGAACUUUAUAAUGUAUCGAAUACGCAUAACAAACUUCUGGAUUGGGCUGCGCAGGAAAGGAAACAAGUUCUUCUGGGUGAAUGGAGAGUCAUUUGACACAAACUUAUUUCGUGUCAAUAUAACAAAUGAGGGAGACUGUGUCCAUAUAGAUUCAGCCUUCAUCUCUACCAGAAGGUGCUCCUCACUCAGGAACUGGCUUUGCACCAUUGGUCAGUUUAGUCCCAAGACAAGCUCUUAAUAGGGAACAGCUGGCUGUGCCAGUACAGAGACUUUCUUCACGAGAAGUUGGAAUUCAGAAUACUGAAAGUCCUUGCUGCAGGAGGUCCAUGAGGGCAAGAGGUGCUGUGGCGAGGAUCAUAUCCGAACUUCUCCAGGAGAAGCAAUCCAGGGAGUAAUAGUGACUCCAUGUGAAAGAGGUAAUUGGUUAAGAAGUAGCAGUACCAAGAGGAAAUGGUGAUACAACAGCCACGGCAAAGAACAAAAGUUGCUUCUUGGUAAUACAGUUUCAUUGUUGAAACUUCUGAAGGACGUGGCAAUGGAUGCUUUCCUUGAGAACUCUUCACAAUUACAAAACACAGUUUAUUAGGGCAGCUAAAAACUUUGUUAGAUGGAUAUGAAAAUGGACAUAUUGAAAAUGCAGUCCAUAGUGAACCCAGUAAUGCCUCUGUUUUACUGUUUUCUAUGGAGCUCAGUAAUUGUUGUCCGAGAACUUUCAGUUUGUCUUUGUGGUAAGUGGGUGAGAUUAUCAUAAGGUGUUUCGGCUUCCCUCCCCUUCUUUUUCCAUGGGUUUUUCAAAUGUGAUUGCUAUGUAAAGUCCAAGGAUAUAAAUGGGAGCUUUGUAAACCAGGAAGGCAGAUAAUGACUAGGUCUUCUAGUGAAUGGCACUGGUGUUAUGGGGCAUAUAGAGUGGGACAGAUUACAGAUACUCUUCUCUAUCCCUCUGGACUGAUCUGCAAACCUGACGGCUACUACCCAAAACUUCCCUGAAUAUGUGGCAGCAAUAGGAAAGCUCCCAGACUGAAUCACGCACAGCUGUCAUUUUGGGAGGGCUGAGAAAGUCAACUGGACUUAGAAGGGGAGACACAUGUAUAUGUAGCAUGGAAAGGGCUCUAGGGCAACUUAAAUUGAGGUACUGUUGUGUUUCUCUGUUUGCCUAUGCAGGGGAA